AUGGCAGAGCAGACCAAUGGCCACACCAACGGCAUCCGCCCACCCAUUGACGACGUCCGCAUCGAGGCAGUGGAAACGUUUGACCUCCGCUUCCCGACCUCGCUGGACGCCUCCGGCUCCGACGCCAUGAACCCCGCGGGCGACUACAGCGCGGCCCAUGUGCAGCUCAAGACCAACCACCCCGGUCUGGUCGGGCACGGCAUUGCCUUCACCAUAGGCCGCGGCAACGAUCUGGUCACGGCGGCCGCCGGGAUGGUCGGCGAGCGGCUGGUCGGCAAGACGCUGGGUGCGCUCACGGCCGAUAUGGGCAAGACGUGGCGGUACCUGGUGGCAGACUCGCAGCUGCGUUGGGUCGGCCCCGAAAAGGGCGUUAUCCACCUGGGCACGAGCAGCUGCGUGAAUGCGCUGUGGGACUUGUGGGGGCGGUACCUGGGCAAGCCGGUGUGGCAGGUGGUCUGCGACAUGUCGCCGGCGGAGUUUGUGCGGUGCAUCGACUUCCGCUACAUCGAGGACGCCCUCACGCCGGCGGAGGCGGAGGCCCUGCUGGUGGCGCAGGCGCCGACUAAGGCCGCACGCGUGGCCGACGCCAAGGCCAACCGCGCCGUGCCCGCGUACAGCACGCAGGCCGGCUGGCUGGGCUUCUCGGACGACCGCAUGCGGCAGCGGCUGCGCGACAGCCUGGCGGCCGGCAUCGACAAGUUCAAGCUCAAGGUGGGCGGCAACGCGGCGGACGACCUGCGGCGACUGCGGAUCGCACGCGAGGUCAUUGGCCCCGACCGCAUGCUCAUGGUCGACGCGAACCAGGUCUGGAGCGUGCCCGAGGCCAUUGCCGCGGUGGCGCAGUUUGCGCCCUUCCGGCCGGCGUUUGUCGAGGAGCCGACCAGCCCCGACGACGUGCUCGGCCACGCCGCCAUCCGCGCGGCCCUCAAGCCGCACGGCAUCGGCGUCGCCACGGGCGAGCACGGCAUGAACCGCGUGCUCUUCAAGCAGCUGCUGCAGGCCGGGGCCAUUGACUACUGCCAGGUCGACGCGUGCCGCCUCGGCGGCGUCAACGAGGUGCUGGCCGUGCUGCUCCUGGCGAAGAAGUUUGGCGUCCCCGUCGUCCCCCACAGCGGCGGCAUCGGCCUCACCGAGUACACGCAGCACCUGGCGCUGCUCAACUACGUCGCUGUCGCCGGCGAGAAGAGCCUGCUGGAGCACAUCAAUUCGUUUGCGCACGUGCUGCGGCACCCCGUGCAGCUGGACAACGGCUACUUUGUGACGCCUUGGGAGCCCGGCUACAGCGUCGAGUACACGCCCGAGGCCACUGCGGCGUACCAGUACCCGGCGGGCACCUUUUGGAACAGCAAAGAGGGGCUUGCUAUCCGGAAUGGCCCCAAGCGGUAG